GGAAUAUGUCAGCGCCCUCGAAUAAUCUACGGGAAUUGAAUGAUAGCAAAAAACAAACAAUUUAGACCAAAUGGCAUCCACAGAGGAUGUCAACACAUCCCAUGCUGCAUCAUCAUCCAUCAAUGAAAAGGGACAAUCAGAAUUUAAGGGAUUCAUAGCUUUACACAUAGGUGCAGGAUACCAUGCCCCAUGUAAUGAGAUGAAAUACACAAGCGUAUGUGCUAAGGCAUGUAGAGUGGCAAUGGCUGCAAUCAGAGAGGGCAAGUCUGCUGUUGAUAUAGUAACUCGUGCUGUUGCCGCACUGGAGGAUUCCCCACACACAAAUGCUGGCUUAGGCUCUAAUUUGACUAUAGAUGGCACCGUAGAAUGUGACGCUAGCAUCAUGGAUGGGGAGAGUCUGGAGUUUGGUGCUGUAGGGGCUCUGCAAGGUGUCAAAAAUCCAAUAGAGGUCGCCAGGGAGUUAUUGGUGAAACAGACGGAGGGUUCCUUAUCUCUGGGACGAAUACCACCUUGUUUCAUGGUUGGUGAAGGAGCAAGAAAAUGGGCAGAGACCCAGAAGAUAAAGAUGGUAGACAAAACUUCAUUAAUAACAGAUGCCACACUUAGCAAUCACAAGAAAUACAAGAGAAGGUUGGACAGAGUUGGAGAUGGUAAUAGUGGAGCAAGGAAGAGACAGAAGAUAGAUAACAGCUCAAACUCAAGCAAUAGUACAACAAAUGGAGAGAUAGCUGACGAAGAUAUUUCUGGUGACAAAUUGUUGGAUACUGUGGGUGCAGUUUGUCUAGAUCACCAUGGCAAUGUUGCCUCAGCUGUAUCAAGUGGAGGCAUCAUUCUAAAACAAGCUGGAAGAGUGGGUCAGGCAUCAGUUUAUGGUUGUGGCUGCUGGUCAGACACAGGGAUCCCCCACUCUGUAGCAGUUAGCACUACAGGUAGUGGGGAACAUAUUUUGAAAUCUCAACUAGCCAAGAAUUGUGCAGAAUGUCUUCUUAAUGGGACCAAUGCUAUGCAAGAUACACAAAAAGCAUUUGAACAACAUUUUAUACGCUCAAGAUUUCUAAAACAAUUCUCAGAAAAGUAUGGUGGAGCACUCAUUCUUAAACAUGACAAGGAAGAGCUGGACAAAGUUGAAGUUAUCUGGGUACAUUCCACUGAGAGUAUGUGUGUGGCAUAUAUGUCAUCAGCUGAUAAGUCACCAUGUGCAACUAUAUCAAGAUUACCAACAAAGCCAACAAUUAAAGCUGGGCGAUCAAUAUUGGUGCAAGGCAAAGUAUGUAGACUGUGACAUACAUUUGUAUGGUCUAUAUUAAUGCUACAAGAAGUAUGUAGGCUGUGACAUACAUUUGAAUGGUCUAUAUUAAUGCUACAAGAAGUAUAUAGACUUUGACAUACAUUUGUAUGGUCUAUAUAAUGCUACAAGAAGUAUAUAGACUGUGACAUACAUUUGUAUGGUCUAUGUUAAUGCUACAAGAAGUAUAUAGACUGUGACAUACAUUUGUAUGGUCUAUAUUAAUGCUACAAGAAGUAUAUAGACUGUAACAUACAUGUGUAUGGUCUAUAUUAAUGCUACAAGAAGUAUAUAGACUGUGACAUACAUUAGAAUG